UGUUCACGUAUCAAUUCAAGGUACGCCCGUAAUAUACUGAAGAGGUCAUUGUAUGACCUAAUUCAAUCGAUGCAAGUGCAACUUUCAUUCGAUUGCCCAUUUCAUCCUGAGAGAGAUUUAUUUCGUAAACAAGAAGAGCUAAAAGACAAUGCCUAUCAGUCUAGUUGGACAUGUAGCUACUGUGGUAAGUGGUUUUAUAGGGAGCGGUUUUUGGAUCAGCACUUGGAUAAUCGUCACUCUGCCCUUCUUGGUACUGUUAUGAACGCCACGUGUUUGGCUAAUUAUUGUGAUAUUCUAGGAUGUGAUUUGGCACAUGUUCAGGACACAACAUUGGCUAAAGGCAACGAUCUAUGGUGGAAAACUGCCCUCUGCAGGUCAACACAAAUGGUAGAACUGCGAGAUCAAUGCCUACAAAUCGCAGAGCAAUGUACCCCUAAAAGUUCGAAGGCUUCGAGUGGUGUGCGCAAUAUCAUAAUAAGUAAUAUAUGCUCCCGCUUAACAUGCAAAAAUUAUUGGAAUCGGAGUAAUGUUGCCCUCGUUAUGAAGGAAGCUUAUAUACUAGCCCUGAGAAUUCUAUCUAGUAUUAUUAUCUUUUUAGCUUUACUU